AUGGUCUCGGUCAAGAACAUUGUGCUUCUUCUUUCGGCAAGUCUCCAGGUAGCAGCAGCUACUUGCAAGGACUACGGAUCCUGGUAUAUCCAUAUCAGACUUGAUGCCGGCGCCCAAGGCCACAGGCAGGGAAGACUGCGUGCCGAACACUCCAAAAUACCAGGGAAUGUCACAAGCGCAACAUGGCUCUAUGACCCGGAGACACAGAAGACUACCUACACCACAGAUGAUUUUACUCUGAACAACACUCUAAUAGAUAGUCUCGGCAUUCAAGACUUUGAGAUAUUCCAGACCGUUGACGGAGUUCCCUUGAAAGGAUCCGGGCCCAUCAACAUCUACUUUGCCCCAGCGGCGAACGGACGAGGCGGCGAAGGGAACACAACCAUCGUUUCACAGAAGGCCUUCUAA